AUGGAUCAGAUUGAGAGUCUCUGUAAGGAUUAUCUACGAAAUCUGUUUUAUGGGUUGAAGUUUUUAAGGGUAUUGCAGGUAGAGAAUGUCUAUGUUGAAACCUUACCUGAUGUAGUGGGAAAUUUGGUGCAUCUAAGGUAUCUAUGCUUGAAGAAUUCAUGUUUGAAUGAGCUUCCUGACAGUAUAAGCAAUCUUUCAAACCUGCAGACUCUGGAUAUUAGUGGGAAUGGAAUGCAAACACUACCAAAUGGAGUUUGCUUGACCCAACUGAGAGAACUUGCAGAAGUUGAUCUUACAGAAGCUGAAGAUGAAAGUGAGAUAGUUGCCUUAAUCAUGAAAAUGAAGGGCCUUUUAUCAUUGUCACUCAGAGUGGAGAUUAACUCAUUAGAACUAUUCUCACCUCCACCUCUUCUUCAAAAACUAAAACUUACUGGUUGCUUGGUAGAUUUACCAAAUUGGCUUGGUUCAAUGGAGAACCUUACCAAACUAAUCCUAUUUAACUCUCAACUAUCGGAGAACCCAACUACAGUUCUUCAGUAA